AUGUCCGUCCAAGACUGCGAGCUUUUGAUCCAAUCCCGCCUCAUGUCCGAGUACACGUCCAGCGUGGACAACAUCUUCAUCCACGCCACGGCGGAGUUGAUCCUGGGCGACCAGAGGGUGGGACUCUGGGCCCAGAGCCUCGAAACUGAGAGUGUCCUGGUGAACAUGCUGAUGCCUGGCAUCAAACGCUUCCUUGCCAGGCUCGCCACGUACGGGACAGGGUAUCCGGAUGACUAUAAAGGCGUGCGGUACAAGUUUAUGCCGACAAAUCUCAAUUCAGGAACGACCUCACCUGCCGGCAGUCUGUAG